AUGGCGAGGCGGAACGCUAGGGAGCCGCGGGCGCGGGCGCGGGCACGGGCACGGAUGUGGGUAGGGGCGCGGUGCAAGCGUGGCACGGCGCGGCACGGUGACCAGCAGCGGGUGAGGAUGCGGAGACCGGGCGUCUACGGGACCAAAAAAGCGACGCGAAAAGCGGAGGAGGGCCUUCCUCGCAGCGACGGACUCAGCCUGGCGCUGUCGGCGCACGCGGAGACGGAGGGCGGACGCGGCGACUUGCUCGCCCGCCAACGAGACUCGGGGCGGAUCCUUCGCGCAUCAACGACUGGCAAUUCCUCGGGCCAGCGGGCGCAACAUGGUAGCAGGGAACUCGGUGGCGGGGGUCCAAAGGUGCUGCGGAAAUGCAUCACAGGGCCAUCGUGCGCAGGCUGCGCGGGCUGCGCGGGGCGGAUCGGGGCGGGCGCUGAGCAGCUAGCUCAGUUAUCCGGGCAGCACGCAGCGAUCUCCGGCGUGUACUACGUGCGGAUUAUCGUUCCUUCUGCUAUUGAGCAGGGCAUGCAGUAUUCCAUCUCACGGCGUCGCAGCACUCCAGUGCUGUACACUAUCUCCACUCCCGGGCCAGGGAGCCAGACACCGUCUCUGUCGACAUGCGAUCCCACCGUAACGCAACUCCCAGCCGAUCUGCUGCUCUUCCCGUUCUCGCUGUCCAGGUGGGCGGCCGAGGAACGAGGUAGCGCCCGGGCACUCAUCGACUGA